AUGGGCUGGUUUGACGGCCGCUCCACAACCCGCUCCAACCGCUCCUCCUCCCCAAAUCUCUACUACGUCCGCCGCAAAGCCUCACCCUCGCGCAGCAAAUCUGGCUACUCAACUCACCACUCGCGACACUCGGCCCCCUCAAUCUUCAGCCUCGGCCGCAGCGGCGGACGGUCCAGUCCCGCCACCUCGAUGUUCUCGGCCUUUUCAUCCUCCUCGCGCCGAGCUCGGCCGCGUGAGGGCUUCGUGCAGCGCAUGAUCCAUUCCAUCAAGCGCCUGCUGCGCGAUAUCUACCGCUACAUGCGCCGGCACCCUAUCAAGGUCCUUUUGCUGGUCAUUGUCCCGCUGCUGACGAGUGGUGUUCUGCCGAAGUUGCUUGGGAUGGUUGGGCUGAGACUUCCGCCGGGCGUUAUGCAUGCUUUGGGCGGAAGCGCGGCGAAUCCGGGACAUGGUGGGAUAGGGGGUGGAUUGGGAGGUAUGGGUGGCAUGGGUGGGAAAGGGUUGUCUGAGCUCGUUAGUCUUGCGAAGAUGUUUGCUUAA